GUUAUCUCCUUGAAUGCUUCUUAAUAUUCUUAAACAUCGUCGCAUUAUUAUAGUUCUAGCCUGGGGCCGUUAUUUGUGCUUCUAAGCCACUGAUCAGACAAAUCUGAUACUGAUAAGCAUCAGAGAUCUGAGUUACCCACAGUCCCCUGAACUCCCCGCCCUGACGUGGGGAAACGGCAACUAUUCUGACUUCGCCUUUGGGGCACAAUAUAGACAAAAUCGCCAUGGGGAGACAUCUAUGAUACCUGCCUAUUUUUAUCUGCAUCUAUAGUCAGCUGGUUUUCAACCAGCGUUGACCUUGAUCGUUGAGCAGUGUAUUCGACUGGGCACAGGAUAACUCCUUGAUUAUUGAUGCCUGGGCUGGCCCGAACACUUCAAAACAUAUUGAAUUUUUAUUGUCUAGCCGUCUUUUCAAAAUCCCUCAAGAUACCCUCACACUUUACGACAUUGGUUUCAGUUUCAUAUGAUGUUCCCGUCCAUUAUGCGCCGCUUCCGUUCCCCUCGUCAACCGCCAUUUAAUGACUCGGACGAUACAACCCCUUCUUCGAGCGAGCCAGCACAAGACACAGCUUCGGAUAUUUUCUAUCCCGGUGUAUUUGAUGUGUUCAAGGUCAGGCAUAUUUUGAGAUGGAAGGUCAUCUCGGAGGGGUUGCCAAUGGAGAUUGUGGAUAUGAUUAUGGAGGCUGCCGAAUACUGGCCCUCAAUCGAGGCUAGGAUGGACACAAGGACUAUUAUCAGACAGGAUCAUGACCGAGAGCUGCUACGAACGGCACCAUUGUGUUAUGAUGAGGCGACACUGGGAAGCGCAUCCCCAAAUGUACUUCCUCAUCAGACCGUACAUCCCUGUCGCAAGAUUGUUUUCACAAUCUUGUCUCAUGACCAGGGCUGGGGUGGUGGUCCCAGAGGUGAAUGCCCCUACGACGGGUCAUAUACCUGGUUCGAUGUCGAGAUCAUACACGCAAUCCCUCAAAAUGGCAGCAACCCAACAGAAUCGCAGGUUUCCCCUCUGCCCACUGGCCAAGGGGAGCGUCAGGAACCGAUCGGUCCCCAGCACUCACAUUUCUUGCCAGGUCCUGGCAAACUUCAGAUGAAUAAGACCGCAGUAUCACAGACACAAGAAAAUACAAUCACUUGGCACUACCUUGACAACAUCCAAGCUGAAUCUGCUGACGCCGAAGAGAUUGAGCGUUCGCAAGGUCGUGGUCGGGCGACGCUGGAUGGGAGUGUAGUCCGGACCUUGGGCGUGGGAGACUCCAUUGCUGUUUGGGGACGAGCACGAUUUCCAGGAUGGUCAAACCAUGUCGAAUUUAUAUCUGUCCGGGUAUUCUGGGCCGUGUAGUAUGGAAUGGCGAAUGUACAUUCUACUAACUUUCGGUGUUCAAAUUGUUACCUUGUUACGAGCUCUCCGUGCCUUACGAUAGUCGUAGCCCGAGCAGCUUCCAAAGAGACAACGCAGGAAUACAACA